UUUGGAUUUCAGUUUCACUUUCCUUUCUUUCUGAUGGGAAGCCACUGAUCUCGGCAGAACUUUCUGUCUCCAAACUGUGGCUGUUUCACAAAUCAGACAGAGCAGCUGAAUACUCCACUUAAGUCCCAUCCAAAUCUUAAAAACUGAUACAGAACAAUGGCAGUGACAACCAAACUGACAUGGAAGGAGGAAAGGAGUCUGCAAAAGCUACUUGGAAAUAUUUCCUUGAGACUUCUUUAUAAGUCUAGUGUCCAUGGAAAUAACAUUCAAAAUAUGAAUAAUAAGUGCAUUGGUCAAGGACCCACUAUAACAAUGAUUUAUCUUCCUGAAUAUACUUUUGGGAUCUUUAUUCUUGGGCAUUAUCCUGAAAUGGGUAAAAACUUUAAAGAGCCAAAUAAUUCCUUCUUUUUUUCAUUUCGAAAGAAUGAAACAAUGAAAAUGACAACUGCAUUUUUAAACUCAACAUUAAAAAUUACUAGUGAAGAACUGAGAUUUGAUUUUGCUGAAUUUUGGAGUUUGCAUAUAUUAUCAAGAAAUAAAAAUAUUUGUAUACCUAAGUUUUUAGAGGAAGAAUUAGGACUUCCAUCUGACCUUUCCUGCAGAUAUUCGGAAUGUGAAGUUUUUCGAGUUGAAGGAAUUAAGGAUGAUGCAGGCUACAUAAGCAGGAUAACAGAAGCCACACAGCACAGAAAUAGUCUCCUAGAAGACCUCAGAGACUACAAGCCCUAUGCAGACUUGGUAUCAGAAAUCCGUAUUCUUUUGUUGGGUCCAGUUGGGUCUGGAAAAUCUAGUUUUUUCAAUUCAGUGAAGUCUAUUUUCCAAGGCCGUUUGAGUCGCCAAGCCAUCGUGGGUUCUGACAUCACUAGCAUUACUGAACAGUACAGGAUAUAUUCUAUUAAAUAUGGAAUAGAUGGUGAAUCUCUGCCAUUUAAGUUGUGUGACUCCAUGGGGCUGGGCGAGAAAGAGGGAGUAGGAUUGUGUGUGGAUGACAUACCGCACAUCUUAAAAGGCUGCGUGCCCGACAGAUAUCAGUUUAGUCCUCAUAAACCAAUUACACCCAAGCAUCCUGCAUUCAUCACCUCUCCAUCACUAAAAGACGGAAUUCACUGUGUGGCUUAUGUCUUUGACAUCAACUCUAUGGACAAUCUCUCCUUUGAAAUGCGGGCAAAGCUCAUACAAGUUCAGAAAGAAGUAUUGAACCACGGUGUCGCACAGGUAGCCUUGCUUACUAAAGUGAAAAACAGCAAUGAAGUUCUUGAAAACAACUUCUCAAAGAUGAGUAAAUCUAUGAUUUCUCAAAGCCAGAUAAUAAUUGCCAGCGAGCUGCUAGGCAUUCCUGUUUCUAAAAUCUUCGUGGUUGAAAAUUAUGCUUCAGAGCAGGAGAUGGACCCCGUAAAGGACAUUCUGAUCCUGUCUGCGCUGAAGCAGAUGUUGAGAGCUGCAGAUGACUUCUUAGAGGAUCUGCCUCUUGAAUAAACAGGAGAGAAGACUUGGACAGAAUGAAAUGCUGGAGAGAAAUAAAGGAGGGAGAAUGUUUCACUUAUCUCUGGAUGAAAAUAUGAAUUGAAGUUAAUUGAAAAGAACAAGUAUUUCUCAAGGACUUACAUCUUGUUUCUCCAAAAAAAAAUAGUUUUUCCUUUAAUGAACUCAGGCCUGAUUUUCAUUAAUUGAAUUCCAAACCAUCCUAGCCAUGUUUCCAAAGUAGAAUGAUCAAAUAAGAUUACUAGUGCAAGUCAAAGAAAAUGGAAUAUUAUUCAGCCCUAAAAGGAAGGAAAUCCUGUCAUUUUAGACAAAAAUGGAUGGACUAGGACAUUAUGCUAAGUGGAAUGGGUCAAACAGGAAAGACUAAUACUGUAUGAUAUCAUUUAUACGUGGGAUCUAAAAAAGCCAAACUCAUAGAAACAGAUAGUGGAAUGGUGGUUGCCAGGGGCUGAGGGGUGGGGAAAAUACAGGGGAUGCUGGCUAAAGAGUACAAAUUUCCAGUUGUAAGAUGAAUGAGCUCUGGGGAUCUAAUGUACAGCAUGGUGACUAUAGUUAACAGUCCAGUAUUGUAUACUUGAAAAUUGCUAAGAGAGUAGCUCUGAAAUGUUCUCACCUCACAUACAAAAAAAGGUAAUGGCUUGAGGGGAUGGAAGUGUUAACUUACUUUAUUAUGGUAAUCAGUUCACAACAUAUAUGUGUAUUAAGUCAUCAUGUUGAAUACCUUAAAAUUACAUAAUGUUAUAUAUUAAUUAUAUCUUAAUAAAGCUUGACAAAAAGUAAAAA